CCACAAUAAUACGGUGUCAUUUCAUUCGGCCGGUCGGUGCGAAGGUGCCUCUGGAACUGGAAGGGUUUAUCAUUUCAAUUUUCAAGGUUAAACCCCGAAAACCUAAUCCCCUUCUGCUUCUUCUUACACAGCAAGGCAGAUGCUUUUUCGUCAUAGCUCUGCUCCAAUGCUCCAUUUCUACAAGCUCUCGUCGUCGCCAAAGCUCCUCUUUCCUCAAUUGAGAAGAACUUUUUCGGUUCUCUCAGCCCCUUCACUCUCCUCUUCGUUUCCCAACUCAUCGACUUCGCUUCGGGUUCAUCUGUUUUGCCUAGCCCAAUCCAACGACGGAGGAGUGCGGAGCUUCGCUACAGCAGCCGCCGUCGCCACCACCGCGGAUCGUGGCGGCGGCGAGACGUUCUUCGCCGAGGAAGGCGUUUCGUGGAAUGCUCUCGGCUUGCCGGACACAAUCUCUCAAGCUCUAUCGAAUGCCGGAUUCACCAGGCCGUCCCUCGUUCAGGCCGAGUCCAUCCCAUCGAUUCUUUCCGGGAAGGAUUCGAUCAUUGCUGCGGAGACUGGCAGUGGGAAAACGCAUUCCUAUCUAGUUCCUCUGAUUCACAAGCUUUCCGCUUCCAGUGUCGGCUCUGUUUGUGAUUCUGCUUCUGAUAAAGGUUUCAAACCUUCCCGUGAAGUUUCGCUUGUUCUUUGCCCCAACGUGCUGCUAUGCGAGCAAGUGGUUCGAAUGGCGAAUGGUCUUUGUGAUGAGAAUGGCGACCCACUUAUCAGAGUCGCAGCAGUUUGUGGGAGACAGGGAUGGCCAGUAUAUCAACCGGACAUCCUUGUAUCGACUCCAGCUGCGCUUCUGAACAACAUUGAACCAAAGAAACAGAGAAAGAUGAGUUUCCUUCGUGGAGUCAAAUAUGUGGUGUUUGAUGAAGCAGACAUGCUUCUCUGUGGCAGUUUCCAGAAUCAAGUGAUCCGUCUCAUAAACAUGUUUCGUCAUGAUGAGAAGCUUCUUUCCUGGACAAGUCAAUCCACAGCUGAUAAUGCUUCUGAAGUAGACUUGGAGACUCUGCCUCAGGAUGCCUUGGAACAGGAUGAAGAAUCGCCAAACGACGCAUCUCAAGAUGACGAUGAAGAGAUCGAAAGUCUUUCUGAAGAGGAAGAGUUAGAAGAGGGAAAUGAAGAUGGUGUUUCAGUUCAGAAAAAGGGUUGGAGAAGAGUUCUAAAACCUUACGACCGUAGCAAGCAGUAUAUCUUUGUGGCAGCUACACUCCCAGCUAAUGGGAAGAGAACUGCUGGUGCAGUGCUGAAACGGAUGUUCCCAGAUGCUAGAUGGGUGAAUGGAAACUACCUUCACCGCCAUAACCCCAGAUUGGAGCGGAAGUGGUUUGAGGUAACCGUAGAUAGCCAGGUGGAUGCACUUAUUGAGGCUGUGAAACAUGGAGUUGAAUCUGAAACGCCUGAUAAUAAUGAUGUUAGUCGAACUAUGGUGUUUGCAAAUACCGUUGAGGCUGUUGAAGCAGUAGCGAAGAUACUGGAAAGAGCUGGAAUUGAGUGUUACAGAUACCAUAAGGACGCCUCUUUAGAAGAACGUGCUGGGAUGUUGGAUGAUUUCAGGGAGAAAGGUGGAAUUUUUGUGUGCACUGAUGCUGCUGCUCGUGGGGUCGACAUUCCAAAUAUCUCGCAUGUUAUUCAGGCAGACUUUGCAACAUCAGCUGUAGAUUUCUUGCAUAGGGUUGGCCGCACAGGUCGAGCUGGUCAACACGGGGUUGUUACUAGCCUGUACACUGAGUCCAAUCGAGAUCUUGUUUCUGCAAUUCGUGAAGCUGAGAAACUGGGACGUCCAGUGGAGACUGCUUUUAGCAGGAAAAGAGGCUUCAGGAACAAACUCAAGAAGAAAAGCAAACUUCAAUUCGCGUCGCAGUGAGCUUCUAAUGCAAGGAAAGGAAACAUCAGAUUGCAAUCAUGAGGUACUUAUAUAAAGGUGUUAGCCAAACGAUGUCCGAUGAUGUUUCUCUAGCAGGCAUUUGACUCUUCUGUGAUCUUUUUUCAUUUCCUUCCCAUCAUCUCCGUGUAAAUUUAUUGUAUCCUUGUAUGAUUUGAAUGGUCACUACACGAAAGCAGUUUCCUAACAAAGUUGUUGAUUUCUCGGUCCGAUUCACCUCCCUCGCUCACCGCCUCCACAGCCAUCUGCUUCCAUUUCCUUGCAGCUUCCUUAAUCUCCAGGCUUCUACUCCCCUCCAUCAUCACUUCCUUCAAGCACCUAGCAACUUCCUCCCUUCUAACAACCCCCGUCUCGUCUUCCUUCACUCUAACACCAAUCUUCCAAAUCUCUUCCACGUACUUGGCAUUGGUGACCUGAUCACUCCACUGCGGCAUAGCCACCAUCGGCACACCCAGGCUCAGCCCUUCAAGGGUCGAGUUCCAGCCGCAAUGUGUGACGAAGCAGCCUGUGGCCUUGUGUGCCAACAGCUCUAGCUGGUUGCACCAUGGCACUAUUAGACCCUUUGAAGCAUUCAACUCCCUGAACCGAGCUGGGAGCUUGCUGUGCUCUGAAGCCCUCACCACCCACAGGAACUGAAUGCCUGUUUCCUCCAACGCCGCUGCAAUCUCUCCCAUCUGCUCUUCUGUCAAAUUCACCAUGCUGCCGAAGGAAAUGUAUGCUACUGAUCUGGGUUCCUUGUUCUUCAGCCAUUUUAGGCACUCGUCACUGAGUGGUUUCCAGAGACUCGCUCCAUAUCCUUUGUCACCGGCAAUCCGGCCGUCUAAGUAGGACGAAGGAACCAUCGGGCCAAUCAGUCUCGCCGGCCAAUGCCCUUUUACACUUCCUGCCUCCUUGCUUUCCAAUUGCUGAAAUGUGUUGCAGAAAACCCAAUCGACCUCGUCCAAGUUCGAAUACUGACAUAGCACCAUCGCCAAGUAGGCCGGGUUGCUCUCCGGAAACCUGACGAAAGUCGGCAGAUCAGCACGACCCAGCUUAGGCAGCCCAGGGACAGCCACCCCAUCCUCCUCGGACGCCAACGGCAGCGUGAUCACCCCGCGGCUGACGCGGCAGAACACGCCGCAGACGGUGGCCGAGUUCGUGAAGAACGCGGCUCCAUAAAUGCGGUGUCCCCUGGCAACGUCAAGCGCCCAGGGCAGGAAAGAAUCGUAGACGAUGCAAGUGACAGGGGAGUCGGUCCUCUCGUGCCUCGCCACGAGCUCGGACAGGGUUCUGGUGCCGUGGGUCUCGAACGACUGGAGGAACGUCCGCUCGUCUCGAGCCUGAACGAACCCUCCGGCAUCGAAACCGUCGGAGAUGGGCUCGACGGCGACGACGGCAGGGGAGGCGGUGAUGGAGCCGACGGUGUAGUGGGUGGUGGCCAUUGUGGCUUUCACGCCUUUGGAAGAGAGUCGUUUGGCGAAUUGGAGGAGUGGGUUGAUGUGGCCCUGGCUUGGGUAUGGAAGGAGCACAACGUGUGCUUUUCUCUGCGGCGCUACUUCUCCCAUUUUUUUGCUCAGCUUUCUUCAGGGGGGAAGGUUGCUUCCUGUUCAUGGUGGUUUUGGAGAUGGAACUCAGGCGGGUUUUUAUAAGGUUUGAUGAAAGCGAGAGCCGAGAGUGGUGCAUUUCCCUCUUCUUCUCUCGAUUGUCACGUGUCACGAUUAUAAUGACAAACUCAAUGUGAGAAAGCUUCUGCCGUUUUUGGAAUGAAGAAGCUCGGGCGGUGCUGAUGUCUGCGUUCAAUAAAGGACUGCUGGUUUGGUGGACCGUGGAUGGAGCAGUCGGUAGCCAAAAACUCGGUGGUUCGGACGGUUGAGCUGUUUCUGUACUAAUCUGACGUAGGCUGCUCGACGUCAUUUCAUUUAAUUUUGUUAGGUUGUUGAUUGUUCACUUCCCUUGUUCUACGUGACGU